AUGACCCGCCCAAAACACCAACCCCUCUUAACCUCUCAAGCAACCCAAUCCUCCCUCACAAUUGCCACAAACCUCCUCCUCCGCUGCGAACACUUCUUCCGUUCUCUCGCAUUUCUGGAAAAGAGCACCUCAGACCCCAAAAGCCUCCUGCAACAAAUCCAAUCUCUAUGCAGCGAUUUCCACGAAACGCUCUUCAUCAUCGAUCAAACUCUAUACAAACAUAGAAUGGAGCACGGCAGAGCCAAACACAGAAAAGGAGAAGAAGAAGAUGACGAUGAUGAAGGCUAUCGCGUCCUCUCUGAAAUCAACGAACAACUCACUGACUACGCGUUUCUGGUUGGUAAGAAGAUCCAUCCUUGGGAUGUACCGUAUGUCUUUCUUGAGUCGACGACAACGGCAAAAGUACUAGUUGAGAGACCGGCUGAAUUCCCACCUGCGACUUGGAGGAAUCGUGAGUUACGGGGCACGACGACGCCACUUGCUGGAUUUCCGCUUGAGGGCUUGGGGGCGGACUGCGUCAAUGGGCUGGAGAUGUAUCAUCGGCUCGAUCUUGGGGAUAUGUGGGCAAAUUGA